AUGGGUGGGCUACAGUGCUGGGCUCAGCUGGGCUUGGCGGUGAGGUGGGCUGGGCUCGGCUGGGCUUGGCGGUGAGGUGGGCUGGGCUCGGCUUGGCGGUGAGGUGUGGUGGGCUUGGGUGUUGGAAAGUCUGCUUUUGGUGCUCAUGCUGCAAUAUUUAGAACUUAAUACAAAACUCUAACAAUAAGCUAAUAUUUAAAGAAGAAUGUAGAUUAGUUAUAAAGAAUACAAAAUGUUUAAAAAAACUUACAUACGAAGACGAUUUCUUCGUUUCUCAGUUUGGGGAGUCGUUUUUUGGGUACUCUUAAUAACCAUAUAUUAUCACAGUUUAUAGAUUCCACAAAUAGAUAUACAUAUCUCCUUGUGGAAGUAAGCGUGAUCGCGUAUCGCAUCUCUAUUUUCCUGAUUGUCCACCUCGGGCGGACCUGGAUUCUUCGUGCGCGGUAAAUUUUUUUUGGUUCCUCUGUCGCCAGUUCGACCGAAUAAACAUCGGACUAGCCAUUCUGAAAAAAACCUUGUAAGAACCAAAACUUUUUUAACAAAAAAAUUAAAACAAUAUAAUAAAACUGUGGCAUUACCUGUGCCUGCCAUAUAGACGCAGUCUCAAAUGACUGUUGUGGCAAUAUUGGUGUGCUAAAGCCGACAGGUCGCCAGUAGAUUUGAAAUUUUCUGUUUACGCAAUAAGACGGUGAUGGGUAUACGGCAAUAAAGUAUCGUUUGUCAUAAUUAGAAACUUAUUGUAUGUUCGAGAACCGUAUUAUGUAAAAUUGCUUUUUGGAAUUUAUAUUGUAUUGCUUUUUAGAUCAAACAUAUCAUGCGAUACUCAUCGUCCGACGCUGAUCCAUUUGCUGAUGUGCCUUUGAAAAGCCUGCCAAGACGACUCACUGGCUUUAGAACGCAUCUCUUGCUCGAACAACAAGAACACCAGCACAACUCCUCACAAGCUGCUAAAGAUACUGUAGAUACCAAGAAGAAGGCUGACGAAAAUGCCAAGAAGAAGGCCCAGGCUGACAAGAAGAAGGGUGCGAAAGAUACCAAGAGAACCGGCAAGGAUCGAGAUGAUGACUUUGUUUUUGUUAAUCUCCGAAUUGACAGCGAUUGCGUAAUUGUUUGA